AUGUCUGUGAAGAAACAGGCUUUAGAGAGCAAGAACAAUGGAAGCAACAAGUCGAGUGGUUAUCGAUGUUUGUCAUUCUCGUUCAUUGAGUCAUCAUCAAUGGAUGGGAAGAAGAAACCAUUGUCGUUGAAUCGUAUGGAUUCCAAAAAGCUCAAGGCAGGGAUCGUGAAGUGGGCAAAGCGUGUUGCAGGUUAUGCUCGUCAACUUAGCUCGAGAAAGCGAGAUUAA